CUCAAAAAAACCAACAUGUGGUCACAUUUUGACUGAAAGAAGUGUGACUUCCUAUCUCUCGCUCUGGUCUCUAGGUUAAAAAGGAUGUGAAUAUGGAGACUCCUCCUCUAAAGCUGAGGGUGAUGUACCCGUACCUAUCACCUAGAGAGAACAUCCUGCUAUACCUGACACAUGUCACCUCCUCACAGGAUGUGAGAUGUCACAUCAGGGAUCUGAUUAACCCUUUAAAGAUCAACAACAACAACACGCACACCAUCAAUCCUAAAAGAGACCCUCAGUGUCUUCCUGGUGGGCUGUAAGGACCACCCGUGUAAGUCAUUUAUCUGCUCCAUCCCUCACGUCAACAACAGCCAGGUCAAUGUUACCUUCAGGGUGUGGAAGCCCACCUUUAUCAAAGCAGAGUUCUCCAGCCUUCACAUGAUUGUUAAUGCCACUCUGGAGAACCUGAACACUGAUCUCUUCGUGUUGAGUGCCACCAAUUACGCCAGAGAUGUGAAGAUCCAGGUCUCUAAAGAGGCUUUGGGAGGUAUACCACUGUGGAUCAUUAUAGUCAGUAUCCUCAUAGGACUGCUGAUUCUGGCACUGGUCAUCUUCGCUCUAUGGAAGGCUGGAUUUUUCAAGAGAAAAUCCAUAGAGGACAUGGAGAACGAGGACAUGAAGAAUUAAUCCUUCCACCACCAUACAGAUCUGUCU